AUGAGGAACUACAAACGCAAAACUAAUGAGAAGCCGUUCACACCAGAACUGUACUUGCAGGCCCAAGAAAUGCUAAAACAGGGGCUAUCCAUUAGAAAAAUUGGGGCGGAGUUAGGAUUCGAUGCAUCAACUGUACGGAAGAGGUUGAAAAACGAAGGCGGCGCCCAAAAACUGGGCCUGUUCACAACAACAUUCACUAAUUUGCAGGAAAAGGAUAUUGUAGAACACUGCCGAACCUUGAAUCAUAUGUUUUAUGGUGUUUCCUUCAAAACGCUCCAAAUUCUUAUAUUCAAAUAUGCUGAAGAAAACAAAAUUCGAAACUUCUUUAAUAAAGAGAAGGGAAUGGCAGGGAAGGACUACACAAUUUCUUUCAUGAAGAGACACAAACUAAGUCUGCGAACUGCGAGGAAAACGUCAGUGGCCCGAAAAAUGGGUUUUAAUCGCAAUCAAGUGGAAGGUUUUUUUGUUAACCUAGAAUCGGCUUAUCAAAAAUACAAGUUUGCUCCUGGUUUCAUAUACAACAUGGACGAAACUGGUAUUCAGACUGUUCCAGACAAACUUCCGAAAAUUGUAUCCGACCAGGGCCAGAAAGAAGUAGCUAAAAAUGUCACGGAUUCGUGGCAAUCGUCCCACCCCGGGCAGGUAAUAACAGUUUAUCAUGUCGCCGAGCUCUUUAAUCGGGCUUAUGAAAGAACAGCUACCAUUGUAAAAGCAACUGCCUCCUUCCGCGCAACGGGAAUCUUUCCCCUGGACCCCGGGGUUUUCUCAGAUGCUGAUUUUCUUCCGAGCCAGGUUACGGAUCAAAGUCUGGAAGAAGAUGAUUUCGUUCAAGAACCAAUGGUAGAUUUUGGCGACGAUAUCUGCUAUACCGUUCUCGACUGCCCUGUUCCUGAGCCUUCAGUGCUGCCUCAGGCUCCUACGUCCGUACUUGACCGAAGCCCCGAUGAAGAUUUCGUCCAAGAAGCAAUAUUAGACUUUGGCAACGAUAACUGCGAUUCCGCUCUCGACUUCCCUGUUCCUGGACCUUCAAGGCUGCCUGAUCCUGUUCUUUGUACUAUGUCUCCUGGACCUGUCUCCACGUCACCUCUUGUGUCAGUUGUGUCUCCAGCAGAUAUAACACCUCUUCCCAAAGCAACACGACGUAAGCGGAGCGGAAGAAGUUUAAAGUCGACACUUCUAACAUCUUCUCCGCACAAGAAAGCCCUUCGGGACAAAAAAUUACAAGCUGAAAGAUUGGUCCAAGAAAAAGAAGAUCGAAAAAUUAAAAAUGCAAUGAAACGGAAAGACAAGCUCAUGAUGGCAGCAAAGCAGAAGAAGAAGCCACGACGUGGACUUCAGUUUGAUUCAGAUGACUCAUUUCAGUCUCAGUCUAUUUCAUCUGGAACUUCUGUCUACGAGUCAGAAUCUGACAGUGAUCAGAACAUGGAAGAAUCGUCUGAGUGGAUGGUGCCUCCAAAGCGGUGCAUAGGCGAAUUUCGUGCCGUUCGCUAUGAAGAAAAACUGUUUCCAGGAGUUAUUACUGGCUUUCCAAAAACCCAUGCCACUGUAUCGUCAAUGGUGAAAGCUGGAAAAUUAUGGAAAUGGCCCGACCGGCCUGACAUUCUCGAUCAUGAAUGGGGAUCAGUCGUUUCUAGUAUAUAU